CACAAAUAUUUUGUUCUUUGGGUUUUGGUUAUGAAGAAUGGCAGUGAAAAAUGUAAGCAGAUUGUUAGUUAAUUUAAUGCAGCAAUACUUUGGAGAACUGCGUUAUUUCGUCCUUAGUUGGUUUUUGAUGAACUAGAAAUUGGUCUGUGUUUGUAUUUUAUGAUUUCCUUUUCCCCUCUGUUAAUGGCAUUAUAUCUCAUUGCAGGAGGAUGCGCUAUAACCGAGAAAGAGGAAGGACAGUGCAUGGAGGAAGACGCGCAGUUUUUCCACGGUAUCGGUGUCUGCAAAUGGUUCAAUGUGCGGAUGGGUUUCGGCUUCUUGUCUAUGAACAGCCGAGAGGGAGAACCACUUGAAGCUCCAGUCGACGUGUUUGUCCACCAGAGUAAGCUACACAUGGAGGGAUUUAGGAGUCUGAAGGAAGGUGAGAAUGUUGAGUUCACCUUUAAAAAGUCUUCCAAGGGCCUGGAGUCUGUGCGGGUGACAGGGCCUGGAGGAGUGCACUGUAUAGGCAGUGAAAAGAGACCCAAAGGCAAGAGUGCCCAGAAACGCCGCUCGAAAGGAGACAGGUGCUACAACUGCGGAGGUUUAGACCACCAUGCAAAAGAGUGCAAGCUGCCUCCUCAGCCAAAAAAGUGCCAUUUCUGCCAGAGUGUCUCACACAUGGUUGCCAACUGCCCAGUCAAAGCCCAGCAGUCCUCAUCAGGCUCUCAGGAAACACCUUUCUCUUUGAAGGGAGAGGAAGAAGUAAAGAAUUAUUCCCCUCCACCCACAGAGAUCACCAACUGAGGCAAGCGUGCACAGAGGAGGUUUGGCUGGAGCUUACAAGUAAAUCAUACCACUAAAUUGACAAGAUGAAUAUAGGUUCCUACUAAUGCUGCUUUUGGAACUACCUCAGGUAUAUAAAAGAAGAACGUACCGUUUUGUCUUUGGUGUAAUGCUCAGGUAUAUAAUUGCUUUAUACUCAGGAAUUUUCACAGUGCAUUAUUGUAUCUCAGUAACAGAAGUGUUUUCACUGUAUCUGACUUGUGAUUAUAGUUUUCUACAUGCUUUGAUAAUGUUAUAAAGAAUGUGACACUUUUUGACUGUCCGACAAAGAGCAGAGGCUGUGGAGGCACUACUCUGUAAAGAAUGUAUAUUUCAGGGAUAUUUAUGGUGAGGUUUAGGAUUUGGAACAGAGUUGGGGUGUGUUUACAAUCGACUGCCCUCACCACCUGGGGCCAAAUGAAUGUUAUGUUGGCAUGGCUUGCCAGUGAUUAUUCUUUGUUUUAUCCCUGUUAAGUAAUUGAUUGUGAUUAUUUUGAAAGAAUGACACAAUCUUAGAGAUUAAUUUCAUUAAUUAAUUUAAAAUUACAGUCUGGAUUCAAAAUAUGUGUUGACAUCACAUGCUAAUUAUCUGCAACUGUCUGUGCUACCAAUGUUUGCCUUUUUCUCUUGACAGUUUAUUUUCUAAGAGUUUAUUAUUCUGAUGACGUCUGUGUCCAUUAACUAAGACGUUGCCUCCUUUCCUCAGUUGCCAGACUUCUUUAGGAAGAAGAGCUGCAUGCAGGUCUAGCCUUAAUAGUCUUUUUAAAUAAGAAGCUAGCAUACUUUCUUAUACAUUUAAUAUAUACCAUAUAUGUUAACCUAUAAGAAGCCCAGUUGAAAUCAUCUUAAUAUUUAUUACUAUGGCUUCUCCUCAAAUACCUUUCCCUUUGCAUCGAUUUUACAUCCACCCUCUUCUCCCAUUAUUUAUGAAAUGUUAAUGUUUUGUUGUUUAAUUUACAGACUAUGAUGAUUCUAUGCACAAUUUUGUUAGACUUGGUAGAUGUGUUGGGAAUUUUAUAUAUGCUGAUAUCAGUGCAAGUCUGCACUAAUCAUGGAGCUUAUAUUUGCCUUGUUAUGGUUGCUGUUGUUUUUGAUAUUUAUCAGAGCAGUGUGUGUGUGUGUGUCUGUGUGUGCAUAUGUGUGUUUUGUGGGGGGGUUUUUUUGUUUGUUUGUUUGUUUGUUUUUGUUUUGUUUUUUAUAAUUACUGAUUAAGCUAGCAAAAACCUAUGAUACCAUGAACCUUAAAAUCUCAGAGAAAACAUGUUGGCUACAUUCAUUAGGAGAGUAAUUUAGUGAUGCAUGUUAGAGGACAAAUGGCAAUUCCAGUAUCACACUAGCAUUAUUAAACUGUUCACAAUCAUAUUGUUUAACCUCAUGUUGAUUUUUUUAAGAAGUUUAUUUUGGAUAUAUGACUACCAACAAUCAUGCUAUUAUUAUAACACUUGAGUAACCAAAUAUGUUGUUUUUAAAUAUAUAGGGCAAAUUUUAUCUUACCAAAGUCAUUUUAGGUUGUUUUUUUGUUUUGUUUUGUUUUGUUUUUUUGUUUUAGUUUGUUUGUUUGUCAUUUUUAGGCCAUUUAAAGGCAUGAGGGAACUUGUGUGUUUGCACAAAGAUGGAACACAAUUUUAGCACAUGUAUGCCUUUGUUGUAUGUUUUUUUGUUUGUUUGUUUGUUUGAUUUUGGAUCAAAUUUUAUACUGUUUUGGCAAUUUCACUGUAAUUCUGGCAAUUAUUUUGUUCUGUUCCAGUAGAUGUAAUCUUCAGCCUUUUCUCACAGUUCAGACGAUUCAGAUUCAAACUGUCUUUGCCUGAUUAGCGCCAUUAAGUUCUAUCAUAUGUAGCCUAGAACUUCAUAUGAUAUCACUUCAUAUGAAACAGACCUCGUGUGUUUUGCUAGCUUAUAUAUAGCUACUAAUGAUUUUAUUUCUAUUACAGUCUGUCAGUUGUCCUGUUUGAGCUAAUUUGGUUAAUACCUUUCUGACGAUUAAAUUUAUAUUCUUUUAAAACAUUUAAGCUUUGUGAAUAUUCGUCUUAAAAUGCUUAAUUGCCAAUGAAUGAGUUCCUGUUCUAAUAUAGACUAUAUUGAUUAUGAAGUAAGCAUUGCAGGAUAGCUGGGUCUAAAGCUAUUUCAGGAAACCUCUGUUUAUACUUCCUUAAUAAAUUCUUCACCAUAAUAAACUUUAAACAUGCUGUCUAUUUUUCAGCUAAACGCUGAAUGAACGCCUAAACAAAGACACGAAGUAGCAUGCUAAGGUCCAGCUUGUUUUCGAAACGAGAUUCAAAUAUUUAAUGACCAAUGUAGCUACUUAAUGUAAUUUACUUCAUAGAUGACAAAGUAUACGAAACACUAAGAAGAAAAUGGUAUUUCUGCGAGACAUUUUUGGCAUUAUGAACAAAUGUAGCAUGAACAGAAUAGCUUUUCUAUUGUAAAUAUACUCAAAUGCUUUAAAAUAAUGCUACUAAGCCGACGCUUUAAAUGUCAACAUUUUGAGUGUAAGUCCUUUAAAGUCAA